AUGCGGAGGCCAGCCUUCCCUGCCCACCGCGAUGCGCAACACCGAGGAUGUAGUGCUCCGAGUAGCACUAGCAGCAACAACGGUGUCAGGCCGAGUCCAGGUGCCGCUGCUGCUGCUUCGCUGAAUGUGUGGGCACACGCUUGUCUUCUCGACUCCACUGCGCAAAUACUCGUCGCGCAGCCAGCAGACCCGCUUCGUGUGCUGAGCGUUCGCUUCUCUACCGAAGCCAUACUGGCAGCCACCUACCCAACAACGCCUGUACCGGGAGGGGAAAAGGAGUUGGAGGUGGAAGCGGUGAAGGGAGCGAGUCGCGUAAUCGGCGCACCGUCGGUAUCGGUGGCAGCGAAGCCUACCGCGUUCAAUAGUGACUCAGCAAACCCGAAGUUGUCCAUCGCCACGACCAGUCCCACCGCGUCUGUGCCUACAGUGGAGCACCUGAUAGAGCAAAACUGGGUGAGACGAUACCUGCAACCGUACGGCCUGCACGCAGUGGCGCGGUGUACAUGCACGUGUCCGCCGCUGCGUCUCCCGACUGCCGCGCCGAGUCACUUUUCGGUAAACACGCCAUCUGUGAGGGCUGCGAAAGGCCUUGAUAAUGCCACCGCCGGAACUGUGUGCGCCACGUCGCCACCUCUACUUUCGCAGUGGAUGGACAUGUUUGCCUUGCUGCAUCGACAGAGUCGCAUGUCCUGUGUGGAGCUGGCUGCUGAAGCCAAGCGCUGGAACGCCCAAUCAAGCAGUGCAGGUGUUAUGCCACCAGUUGACUACUGUGCAGUUGAAGAGAUUCCAACCUCGGUAGUGCUGCUGUGUGUGAUGGCGGUUAUUGAAGAGCACCUACGCCGCACCGAGUGUGGUGGGAAAACAAGUGGUGCUGCGAAACCGCCUCGGCUGUGCCGCUGCCUCCAGAUCUCAGUGAAGCUGCUGGCGCUGCAGCUCCUGGCAGCCUUCAUGGACCUUCAGCACAAGGCUGAGAACACACCAUAUAGCAGUAACAGCAGCAGCGCGAGUAGUUUCGAUCCAGGACAAGAGCAGGAGGUAGAGGGGGACAACCACGAUGACUGGAACACCACAGCAGGGGGCACUGAUGUAUGUCACAUCACACGCGGCGUUUACCUCCUGUCCACCCAUCAGCUUGAUGAACUUCAUCAGUGGCUGCACUGCUGUUUACGUACGAUGAUUCUCUCGCCCUCCUCAGCACGUACGGCCGACACAACCGCCGUGGAUAGAAGCAACGCCUGUAGUGGCGGGAGCAGUGCGGCAGUCGAUGACGGGUCACCGCUGGAAGCCCUUCAGUCACGCACCACAGCGUACUUGAUCCGCAUUCUUGGGAACCCUACACGUGGCAUGGCAGCGCCGGCGAGUAUGAUGGCUAUGAUGUCUCUGGGCACCUUCGUUGCCUUCAUGGAGCGCCUGGCCGCUGUUGUGGUGGCUCAUCAGCAAACAGCAAUGGCAAUGGCGAUCGCUCUCUCUGCUCGGUUGCCACCAACAGCCAUGGCCUCAGCAGAAGAGGCACAACUACCAGCAUGGGUAAUGGAGCAUGUGAUCAAGGUUGCUGAUGCUGUUGUGCAGCAGCAGACGGUUCUGCAAAAUGGCGCGAUAUCUGACCCAAUCUCCUCUACGGUACCGCUGGCGUGGAGGGUAUACGCAAAUCAGCUCUCGGAGCUUCUGGCACCCUUCCAGCGCGAUGUACUGGCGCACCGUUCUCGAGAAGAGCAAGAAGAGGAAAACCACCGCGGCACCUUGAACGAGGGCAUCCUCGGCAAGCUCAAACGAUGUCUCCUGUCAUGGGUGAAGGAGGCGGAGUACCGCCAUGCCAAGGCGCAGAAAAGACUCACAGCGGAGGUCUUUUCUCCCAGGGCAGCGGCAGCGGAGGUGGUGAGUGCGUGGGUGUCGCAUGUAUUCGAAGCCUACGCCGUCACCCUCUAUCCGAAUGGAGAGACUCCCACGCUAAGCAACAGACAGCCACACACGCAGGUGGCGGCGGGGCAGUGA